GUGUGCCUCUCGUUUCUAAUUAUUAAAACCACUGCCACAUCUCGAAGCUUUUUUUUUUUUAAUUCAAAUGCGUCUCAGAACAUACAAUGUAAUUAUAAUUUCAUAGUACCGUCCAUCAUGCAUUGACGAGUUAUAAAAAUAUUUCUUACGAUAGAGGCUGUGCUUUUCAGGCGGUGUUGGGGCAGCCCUUACUCUAGGAGGACACGAACAUGGCGGCCUCCUUGAGACUGGGGAGUCGGGGGAUCCUGAACGGGAUAAAAUUAAUACGAACAUGUAGGGGAAUACCGCAGAGUCACCAUGGACAUUACAGACAUUAUUUUCAGUCACAGUCUCUGUUUGGAGCAGCUCCGAUGAAGGUGAUGAUGCCAGCCCUCUCCCCCACCAUGGAGGAGGGCAGAGUCCUCAAGUGGUUGAAGAAGGAGGGAGAGUCUGUGAGUGCCGGGGACGCGCUGUGUGAGAUCGAGACAGACAAAGCUGUGAUAUCUAUGGACUCCAAUGAGGAUGGGAUUCUGGCCAAAAUCCUGAUCGAGGAGGGCAGCCAGAGUGUGCGUUUGGGUACUCUGAUCGCCCUCAUGGUGGAUGAAGGACAGGAUUGGAAGCAGGUGGAGAUUCCGGCACCAGAGAGCGCCCCAGCACCUCUGCCGUCAACCCCCCCUUCCUCUGCAGCACCCACAGGAGCUGUCUCACAUAAAGUGGAGCCACGUGUGGGGACUGGACAAUUAAGGCUUAGCCCAGCUGCCCGGCACAUCCUAGACACUCACGGACUGGAUCCAGGACAGGCCAAACCAUCUGGGCCCAGAGGCCUCAUCACCAAGGAGGAUGCCCUCAACCUGUUGAAGCAGACUGGGUCCAGAGGGCCAGCAGCACCCAAAGCAGCAUCAGUCCCUUCUGCAGCUCCCCAACCCCCACAGCCCUCACAGCCAGCACAUCCAGCAUCCACCUCCCAGGCUUACCCUCGGCCUUCCAUUCCUCCCAUCUCAGUCCCAGGAAAACCAGCUGCACCAGGCUUGUUCACAGAGUUCCCCUCAAGUAACGUGCGGCGUGUGAUUGCCAAGAGACUGACAGAGUCCAAGACCACCAUCCCCCACUCCUACGCCUCUAUCGACUGUGACCUUGGGGCUGUGCAGCAGCUGCGAAUGGAUCUUGCUAAAGAUGCGAUCAAGGUGUCUGUCAAUGAUUUCAUUAUCAAGGCAGCUGCUAUUACAUUAAAGGAAAUGCCGGAGGUGAAUGUGACUUGGAGCGGGGAGGGGCCACAGUCAUUGGGCUCAAUCCACAUCUCCAUCGCCGUGGCAACCGAGAAGGGUCUGCUCACGCCCAUCAUACGGGACGCCGCCACCAAAGGGGUGCAAGAGAUUGCAGCUAAUGCCAGGGCAUUGGCCCAGAAAGCUCGGGACGGAAAGCUGCUACCAGAGGAAUACCAAGGCGGCUCAUUCAGCAUCUCUAACCUGGGGAUGUUUGGGAUCAGCGGCUUCAGCGCAGUGAUUAACCCCCCCCAGGCUUGCAUCCUGGCAGUGGGGCGCUUACGGCCCGAGCUCUCUCCCUGCCUGGACUCUGAUGGCAGUCCUGCACUGCGGCAGCAGCAGCUCAUGACGGUGACGCUGUCCAGCGACGGGCGCCUGAUAGAUGACCAGUUGGCUGCGCAGUUCCUGGACAAGUUCAGAGCCAACCUGGAGAGGCCCCAGCGCAUGGCACUCAUCUAAAUAUUCCCAGAAUGGCUUGGAGAAGAACGAAGUGAACUGGAGGAGGGGAGGAGGACCAUGUGUCAUCCUCAGUUUACUUCAUGUAAUAAAGUUGGUUGGCCACUUUGCACUGCUGUUGUGGAAAAACCUGUGAAAUCUGAAAACUCUGAACAUCCUGCAUUCUGGUAUUUUCAGUCUUAACAUCUUGAUGUAAACUGUCCUUUUGAUGAAUGUGUUCAUCUUAAUAAGGUUAAUGAUAUUACGCUGUAGUCCCAGAAUGCUAGCUGCAUUGCUUUAUGAUGGUCAACAGCAGCACAAAGUCGCCAACUGACUUGAUAAUCACCUCUAUCGAUGUUUACAGGAUGUCUCAAAAGUCGUGCAAAAUGGAGAUUGUUCGUUUUAGUGCAGCAAAUCCUCACAAAUUGGUGUCCUUGUUCUUUUAAACACAUCUGAACACGUCUGCAUUGAGCACUACUAAUAUUACCUGAAAAGAAAAAAAAGGGACUGACAAUGUUGCAAGACUUUUGGUCCACCCUGUGUCUCUUAUUUUUUUGAUUAAGAUUAACAUAACAUUAAUAUACAUAGAAUGUGUUAUGGCAGACUUAAAUUUGGAAAAUCUUGAAAUGGCAUCUGUAGCUUGACCCUACUGGGUUGAAUGGCCCCCUGUCGUUCGUAAAUGUUUUUAAUUUUGUUUGGGUGAUAUUUGGCCGAUCUCCUUUCUCAUCACAAUAUAACACCCCUGUUCUCUGUGUGAAUGUGGUUCCUUUUCUCACGGUGUUGAGCGCAUCCUCUGAAAAUUGUACACUUCAUUGAAUAUUUCUUGGCUGAAUCAGAAAGAAUCCAUAACCCCAAACAUUCUCAGUAGUGUUCUGUGAUUAAGGUAUUUGCCCAAACAACAUUUGUUUUUAUCUUUUCCGUAUUACUGAAGAAAACCUAAAUGAUACACUGACCAGGGGAGUUGUGAAUGCAGUCUGUUACAAAAGGUUUUUUAAGACCACAGAAUGGACAAAAAUCAUCCUUAUUCUUGAUGUAUUUAUUUUGUGUUAUGUCCAUUCCCUUAGUGCACUUGUAAGAUCUGUUUUAAUGAAUGAACUCUGCUCUAGGUGGACAAUAUCUUGUUAUGAUUCUGCUAGACCAUGCAGUAAAUAUAUGUUUAGAAAGGAUGAGUGCCUAUAAAAUGGGAGAUCAGCCAUUUUUGCCAAAAUGUGCUGUUUUGACUUGUAUUUGAACCGUUCAUGCAAUAUUUUAAGAACCCAGUUAUAGUUGCAAUAUAUUAACUUAUACUCUGAAAACUGAAUUACUAACUUUGAGCCAAGGGGGUACCAGUACAUUUUAUAACCGUGAAAGCUCUUUCCCAUAAAACAAACAUUUGAUGCACUGCAACAAAUUAAAUAUCGCCAUUGAAUUAUUGUUUUCAAAAUAUCAGGUGGCUGAUUUCCCACCUUGGGCGUGCUUCCUAUACAGUUGUAUUUACUCAUUUUACCCAUUGGAAUUCUAUAUAUAGAGCAGUGAAUCAGUGAAGAGCCCUUUCACAGUUGAUAGAACAUGUAAAAACUACUGUGGACCGUGAGUAAGUAAGCACGGUAUAUUGCAACUCUGUUUUAGACACAUGUUUCUAGUUUGUUGUACACCCCAUGUGUUGAAAGGUCUUGGUUGUAUCAGAGCUAUUUAUCAUUCUGAGCUUCACCAGCUGGGAAUGGCAUCAUCACGACCACGCGUUUUUCUGGGAAAUCAUCCAGGAGAAAGAUGUAUCACAAUUUCACAUUUAUUUCCUGUUUAUUUUGCUUUUGUGUGAUGGUACAGCAGCUUUGCUCCAUCACAGUGCCUGCUGGCAGUCUCAUUCAUCAGGAUACUGUGUUGUUUUUGUCUGGUCCCACAAGGGUAUUCCUUAUUUGACUGCAUCACAAAGCUGGUGCUCUCUCCAACAGGUGGGAUGGGGUACUGCAUAAGGGAUGCAGCUUUCACACCUCCAGCUCUAACUGUUUAACUUCAAGAGGUUCAAAUUGACGCUACAGGGAAGGAAAGGCAUUCCUUCCCUGCUCUGGGAUAUUAUCCUACAUGGUUCAUGUCUGAAUAUUGUUUUGUAAGUUAUUAAAAUGAAUCUAUUAUAAUUAAGAGAUUAAAUAAAGUUUAACUUCCUGAUAACCCUGUCAA